GGAUCCCCACCGUGUUCGUCUUUGCAUGGACGAUGACGAGGAUUUAUCUGGAAGACACCGGAUGCUGGGAGAGGAAUGACAACCCUAUACCCAACUGGGUGAUCAACGGACCAAUAGGAUUCUCCAUUACGGUGAACUUCAUCCUCUUCAUCAGCAUCAUUCGGAUCUUGGUUCAGAAGCUGAGGUGUCCUGACGUGGGCGGCAACGACCAAUCACAAUACAGGAGGUUGGCCAAAUCCACUCUGCUGCUGAUCCCUCUGUUUGGGAUCCACUACGUGGUCUUCGUGUCUCUGAGUGAAUCCAUCGCAGAGGAUUAUAAAAUAUUCUUUGACCUGGCCCUCGGAUCCUUCCAGGGUCUGGUGGUGGCCAUCCUGUACUGUUUCCUCAACAGCGAGGUUCAAGGCGAGCUGAAGAGGAAGUGGAGGAGCGUGUGUCUGAACUGUCGUCCGAGCAGAGGUCGCCACUUCAGCAGCGCCUUCGCCUCCAGGAACGGUUCAGAGCACAUGAUGCAGCUGCACCGCAACUCCCGAACCCAGUCCAUCCUGCAGUCAGAGACCUCAGUGCUGUGAGGACUGGAGAGUUCAGGUUCCAGCUUUACAAACCUCGGUGAGGCGUCACGGAGGCGCCGCGACUGGACCUAAGGACCCUCUGACCGGUCGGGGCGUGCAAGUGCGAGAGCCGCAGUGUUUUUAAGCCGCGUUGAGAGUCGAGACAUUUGAAGCCAAC